AUGUCGCGCACCCAGCGCGCCACAGAUACCCCGACCAUGGCUUUUCACGACAACCAGACGAUUGAGCUCCCCGCUUUUUACACGCUCCCUUACAACACACCCUCGUCGCUCGAGCUCCAGGACCGCCUCGACGAGGAGUUCGACACCCUCUCGGCCUUCGGAACUGCCGACUUCGCCAUUCUUUACCUACCCCGAAACCAACGCCUCGUCACCUCUCGCCCAACAAAGUUGAAGACGCGCCUCGCACCCACUGUCGAGGAGGCCUUGGAGGAAGCGAGCGGGGACAGCCCCGUUUGCGAUGCCCCUCCUGCCUACUGUAAGGUGGAGGCCAGCGAUACGCCACCCACCUUUACUUCGCCGUCAGAGAGGACGAUCGCUCAGCUUGCUGCCGAUGCCGCCAUCCGCGAGAAGGACGAGGAGGAUGCAUUGAGGCCAGUCCCGACGCCGGAUGAGAUCCUCCAGCGUGCCCGUGAGCAGGAGGCUGCCGAGGAAGCAGCGCUCGAGUCCUUCUACGCCAAGUUCCCCGCACUCGCUGCUCUCCGUCCCUCUCCGCCUCGCAUGCCCGCCACUGGGCUGCUUACGCCUCCGCCCACGCCACCCACCUCUCGUAUUCCCAAGGGCGCCGCACGUAUGCCCUCUUUCAUCACGAUGGAGAAGAGCGUGUCUAAGGCUUCUUCCGCCGUCUAUGUUCCUCCGUCGUCCUCUGCUCUCGACAAGCGCAUGUCGACUGCGCCACCCACUCCCGUGUCCGCGCCGCGGAAGCCCGUCUCCAAGAUCCCGCGGAAGAAGAACAAGGAGAACACUGUCCAGCCUGCGGGCCGCCAGGGCAAGAGCUUCACCGUGAAGAUCGACGUGACUGUCGACUCCAGCAGGGCUGGUGGCUCGAGCAAGGCGAGCGGCCCAGUCAAGGCCCCCACCGCGCUCAAGGUCAAGAAGAGGGAGAACGAUGGUAUGCCAGCGAAGGGUCGUAUGACGGCGACGGCUGGCAAAUCAGGCUCCCCUCCGCACGCUCCUUCGAAGUACGGCGCGCAGGCGCCCCUUGAUCGCAAGUCUCGCCAGCACUCCGCCGUCGUAGGACGGCCUGCCACUCGUGUUAUGUAG